UUUUUUUUUUUUUUUUUUUUUUUACGGCUGAUCGCACAACGUUUUCACAAUGGCCCAAGUCGAUACCUUGGACUUGGUGGUCCUGAUUGCCAUUCUCGUCGGUAGCGUCGCCUAUUUCACCAAGGGCUCAUUAUGGGCCGUUGUCAAGGACCCUUACGCCACGAGCUUUACAACCGCGAACGGCGCAAAAGCUGGGGCAUCAAGAGACAUCAUCGAGAAACUAAACGAAACCGGCAAGAAUUGUGUGAUUUUCUUCGGCUCCCAGACCGGCACCGCUGAGGACUAUGCUUCCAGAUUGGCCAAGGAAGGAUCCCAGCGAUUCGGUCUGAAGACAAUGGUCGCCGAUUUGGAAGAUUAUGAUUAUGAGAAUCUGGAUAAGUUCCCUGAGGACAUGGUCAUGUUUUUCGUCCUGGCCACCUACGGCGAGGGCGAACCUACGGAUAACGCGGUGGAUUUCUACCAAUUCCUUACCGGAGAAGAUGUCGCAUUUGAGGGUGGCGGAGGAGCCGAUGAAAAGCCCCUUUCCUCCAUCAAGUAUGUCGCAUUUGGACUGGGAAAUAACACUUACGAGCAUUUCAACUCGAUGGUACGAAAUGUCGACGCCACAAUGACGAAGCUCGGAGCGAAACGAAUUGGGGAGGCCGGUGAAGGUGAUGACGGUGCAGGCACAAUGGAGGAGGACUAUCUGGCCUGGAAAGAACCCAUGUGGAAGGCUCUUGCUGAGGAAAUGGGUUUGGAGGAACGAGAAGCCGUUUACGAACCUGUAUUUUCUGUUAUCGAAGAACCAGAAACGUCACCAGAAGCCGACCAUGUCUACCUGGGCGAACCGAACUCGAACCACCUCGAAGGCCAGCAGAAGGGACCAUACCACGCGCACAACCCGUUCAUUGCUCCUAUCGUCGAGUCUCGAGAACUCUUUACCGUCAAGGACCGCAACUGCCUACAUAUGGAAAUCAGCGUCGAGGGAAGCAACCUCUCUUACCAAACCGGCGACCAUAUUGCCAUCUGGCCCACCAAUGCGGGAGCGGAAGUGGACCGGUUCGCAGCUGUCUUUGCAAUUACCGAUAAACGCAAUAUGGUGAUCAAGAUUAAGCCUCUGGACGUUACUGCCAAGGUUCCCUUCCCUACCCCGACCACGUACGACGCCGUUAUAAGAUAUCAUAUGGAAAUUUGCGGACCCGUAUCCCGCCAAUUCAUCGCUUCUCUCGCGACCUUUGCCCCCGAUGAAGCCUCGCGCAACGAAAUGAAACGAUUAGGAAGCGACAAGGACUACUUCCAAGAAAAAAUUGCCAGCCAGUAUAUGAACAUUGCCCAAGCCCUACAAAGUGUCACCCCUCUACCGUUCACAGACGUCCCAUUCUCCCUACUUAUCGAAGGUAUCCCUAAAAUUCAACCGCGAUACUACUCCAUCUCGUCCUCCUCCCUAUUACAAAAACACAAGAUAAGCGUCACCGCCAUUGUGGAAUCCCUCCGCAUCCCCGGCGCCACACACAGCCUCAAAGGUGUCACGACAAACUAUCUUUUGGCCCUGAAGCAGAAGCAGCAUGGCGACCCCAACCCAGACCCGCACGGCUUAACGUAUGCCAUCAACGGGCCCCGAAACAAGUACGACGGUAUCCACGUCCCUGUCCACGUGCGCCAUUCCAACUUCAAGCUCCCCUCGGACCCAAGCAAACCCAUCAUCAUGGUUGGGCCUGGUACCGGUGUCGCGCCGUUCCGUGGGUUUAUCCAGGAACGCGCGGCGCAAGCUGAGAGGGGUGAUACUGUCGGCCCAACUAUCCUGUUCUACGGCUGCAGAAAGCGAGAGGAAGAUUUCUUGUAUAAAGACGAGUGGGAGACCUUUGCCUCCAAACUCGGCUCAUCCCUCCAAAUCAUAACCGCCUUCUCCCGCGAAUCCUCGAAAAAGGUCUACGUCCAACACAAGCUCCGCGAACACGCCAAGCUCGUAAACGACCUCCUCCUCCAAAAGGCCAACUUCUAUGUCUGCGGCGACGCAGCCAACAUGGCGCGCGAGGUGAAUGUCGUCCUCGGCCAGAUCAUGGCGGAGCAGCGGGGGCUGGCGCCGGAGAAGGGCGAGGAGCUUGUCAAGCAUAUGCGGAAUAACGGGUCGUAUCAGGAGGAUGUUUGGUCGUGAGUAAGGGGGUCUGAGUUAGGGGGUCUGAGUUAGGGGGUCUGAGUUAGGGGGUCUGAGUUGGGUGAUGAUUGUUGGGGGCUUUGAUUUUCUGUUUUUCAUGAGUUGUUGAUUGAUAUAUAUAUAUAUAUAUCACUCUGGUGUCGCAUGGCAUUCGCAUGGCAUGGCAUGGUAUGCAUGAAUAUGUUUGGGUUUUCUAUUUUUUUAUUUCUAUAUUUUCAUUUUCUCUUUUCUUUUUGAUAGGAUAUACUUCUUCGUUUCUUCCUUCCUUCCUUUUCCUUUCUUUUUCCUUUUCUUUACCCCUCUUCUUGAUUUCAUCUUUCCAUAUACUACUUUUUUAUAACUUCUUUGUUCUACGUUUUGUAAGUGAUAACGCAUAGAUUGCAUUGUGUCCCCUUUUCUCUUUCACUUUUUAUUUCGGUUCUCGUUUUACAUUUAUACACCUCUCUGCUCAAUUUUGCCUUUUCUGUUUCCAUAUUUUAGGUAUUUAGGUAUGCCUGCCUACACUACUGUACAACGAUAUUUUCUUCGACUGUGUCACAACCCAGUCAUUCCGCUCCAGUUCGCCGAUGAAUAAAGGUCACAUGACCACAGCACAGCUGCCGAGGUCGCUUCGAGUGGUAGGUACCGACCGCUCUUUCCAACAUUCGAC